UCCAACCUAAAACUAACUUCACCGCAGUUCAUCUCAGGCGCCUUUCUCCGCCCCCUCCUGCAGCAGCUGGUCUCACCGACGAUGCAGGCGAGGCGCUGGGUGAUCUCAAAAACACCUAUUAUCUGACCGCAUCACACCACCUAACUCCCGUCACUUACCGGUCUAUUUCCGGUUCUGUCUCCGAACCUCGUGGACUUGCCUGAACUUUAAUGUAAGUUCAUAAAAAAAAAAUCUGCGGCGACGCACCAUAGACUUAAUAUAUAAUGCGACGCACAGGUGAGAAAGCUGGAGUUUAUUUCAAAAUAAAAGUCUUGAUUUUAAAAUCGUAACUAAAACGUAUAGAUGUUUGAACUGAAGAACGGGUUACAUUAAUAAUAAAAAAAACAUAUGAACAUUUUAUCGUAAAAGAGGAAACGUAAGCUAAUCCCCACAAAGACAACAAAAAAAGCUUCGGCGCGUUUUACUAUGCGAUGCUGAACAGACAGGAAAUGCGUCACGGCUCCGUCUGCGAGCGCGUCCGUGACCUCGGAGUGAACCCGCAGCAGGAAGCAGCGGCGGGAACGGCGGCUCAGCGACGCGCGUUGGAGGACUCAGCGCCGUUACGCCGUUAACGUGGAUCUGAAGAAGACAACCGGAAUACAACCGACGGAGAUCAGCGCGAUGUCUGGACGUCUCGGGAAGUUGAGGUCCAGAAAGAGGAAGAGCCGCUCUGAGCCCAAACCCUGCAGAACGGUUUCCACCGCCGGGACUGGGCGCUUGAAACGGCCCAGGGCAGAUUCAGGGGGUGGGUCCAGAGGAGCAGGUGAUCCUGAGAAGCGGUCUCACGAGCAGCAGCGGUCUGCUAGCCGGAGACGCUCCACUUCGGUGCAGCCGGUGGGACAGGAGGGAAAAGAAAACGAGUUGAGGACUGGGGAAGAGUGCGACAGGAAGGGGGCCGUCCCUGAAAAACAGGAGCUGAACCCCCCAGCCUGUGAAGACCCGGACAAACCCCCAUUUCCAGACGACGACAGUAACCAGAUCCUUCCUGUGGAGCAGUUCUUUGGAAACUUGGACAUUGUACAGGACUUUCCUCAGAGAUCACCAACAACUUCAGCUGGAGUCCCAAAACGGAGCAGGAGGCGACAGUUCUUAGCCAUGGAGGACAGCGAGGAGGAGGAGGGGCUCAGCAACACGCAGUAAGAGAAAGGCCUCCUCGGAACGUUUGAGGUGGACUUGAAGAGGAACGAGUCCUACUGUACAUUCAACCAAACGCCAUCAUCUACUGAGACCCGAGUGAAGGACGGAACUUCAGCCACGGGUGGAGUUUCUGGUUCCUUUGUCAUGAAACCACUGAUUUCCUUUUGUGUUUCCAUGGUAACUGGUCACAGGAACAGAUGAGGUUGAGUCACAGACAUAGACAGUAACUGAAAACCGGAUUGAGUGAAAGUGAGGUCAUUCAUAGAAAUCUGUUUAUUUCUGGCUCCAGCCAAAUGGAGUCAGUUCAGUUGCCAUUUUUUCAGUGAGCUGUGAUUGGUCUGAGUCAUCGUUUCUAUGGCAACCACUCUCCAAUCAGGAAUGAGCUUGUUGGAAGGCCACGCCCCUUCCAUUUGAAAGCAGACUACACAAGAUCCGUCAGACAUUUUCAACAUUGGACGUGGGGGCCAGUAGGCCCCGCCUAUUUUAUUGAUGCUUCUGAUUGGUCAGAUUAUAACUUGAUUAACUUGAACUACAGAAAAAAUAUGAAAAAAUAUCAUAAAAGGUGUCAGAGCAAGAACGUUUUUCUGACCAGUAGAAUGACUGAGUAACGGCUGCUUACUUCUCUGUAGACAUCUAUGGAACUUCCUGUUUGGAACAUGGGGGGGGGGGCACUCAGUCCAGUUGUCAUAUACUGUCUCUGGUCAUGGCGUCUUCUCUUCUGGAAACAUUGCAUCGCUCAUCCAGGACUGAUGAAGCUACUUUGAGAAGACGAGUCCAGACGCCUCGACUGCCUCAGCACGCCGUCACCUGGAUGAAUGACGACCUUCAUCAUGUUUGGAACAGACGCAUCAAACUCAACAGUUUGGCUUUUGUUUUGGUUAAAAUGAAGGUCAAACGUUCUCAUCGUUCCAUGAUCCUGGAUGUCCAAUCCUGUCUCCAUAAGAUCAAAGCAAACAUGGAUGAAAGGUCGAUGAUGUCAAGUAUCAGAACCCUGACAGCAGACCUGCUGUACAAGUUUGACUUCUGAUUCACCAGAAGUUCCUCCAAAUGUUGGAGAGUCGGCAGCUUUUCCUCAUGAAUGUGUGAAGACGCCCGCGCAGCUAAUAAUCCUGAAGGAGCUUCUUCAUGAAUGACAUAUGUUGAUGUAAAAGUUUGUAUUUUUCUAUGGAUUUCCUCUGGAGAUGAUCAGUAGAUAUGUUGGAUUUUGAGUCUUUAGUGAGCAGGUUAAAUUAUUGCACUAAACACAUCCUGACAUGUUUUUGUAUAAACAGAUCAUUCUGUAAAAUCUUGUACAUAAUUUACUGCCUUAUUUAUGCAAAACGCUUCGAUAUUUUUCAUUUGUGUUUGAGCAGAGUUUAUAAUCUAUGAUUGUAUUUUACAUCUUUGUGCCAAAAUGAUGGAAAAAUAAAACUUUUUCCUGAUUGUGAA